UUCCAGCAUUGUUCAAAGGAAUUUUACAGUUUCGGGAAUUGGUACAUUGGUGUAUAAAUUUGAAAUGUCUAGUGAAGCUAUUGUGGAGUUUUGUGGUAUUUGGAUUUUCUGAAGUUUUGUGGUUGGUUGCCUCCUGUAAGCAAUUGAUCAUGGGAGGAACCUCGUGGGUUCUCCAGAAUGGGAUGAAACAUCCCCCAGUUAUGGUCAUAAAUGAUUACAACCUUCAGACAGGUGAUUUCGAGUCCUUCCUUUGCCGGCAGCAAGAGCUGGAGAGGCUGCAGAGACCCCCUCUCUACGACGACGACACGACGCUUGACCUGAACGACAAGCCGCGUCGCGAGUCCGCCUCACAGAUCGACGACUACUUCGAGCACCGCCCAACGCAUCACCAUCAUGGCGUCGCGGCGCUCAGUUAUGUGUCGCAGCGCACUGUCGCCUCGGGUGGCCAUCCUGAGGACGACGUCUUCCUCAAACCGCCUCCGCUCUGGGAGGAUAUCACGUCCAGCAUACAGAAACUCGACCCCGAGAACGCCGAGAUGCUCGACACACAAGCCAUCAAAACCGAAAUCCUAGAAGACACGUUAGUGCAGUUGGAACGCCCCCUACUCAUCAAAACCGAACAACCGUCAACGCCACCCCCGCCUCUACACUUAUUAAACACGGUUGCCGCCCCCAGCAGUCCUUACCACCAGUUCCCACCCUCCAGCUACAAAAUUGCCGCCGCCCCUCACUUUCGCAACGUGUAUGCGCCGCCCCCAACACCUCCCGCCUCAGAGCCUGGCUCACCCGGUGCGAAUCUUCCGCGACGCACGCCGCCUCCACCUUACCCUGCGCCAACGAUCGUUACUGGUGCCGCCCCCACGCAUCAACCGCCCCCGACCAGUGUGCAGGCGCCGCCUCCACCGCCACCCCUCCAACACCACCAUCACCAGACGACGGCCACCGGCGUCAGGUACAAUCGACGCAACAACCCCGAACUAGAGAAGAGGAGGGUGCAUCACUGUGAUUUCCUUGGAUGCAAUAAAGUCUACACAAAAAGCUCACACCUAAAAGCCCACCAGAGAAUACACACUGGGGAAAAGCCGUACCGCUGUCAGUGGCCUGAGUGUGAGUGGCGUUUCGCGCGGUCUGACGAGCUGACGCGUCACUACCGAAAGCACACGGGAGCCAAGCCGUUCAAGUGCGCCAUUUGCGAGCGAUCCUUCGCCAGGUCCGACCACUUGGCGCUGCAUAUGAAGCGCCACCUGCCCAAGCAGCCCAAGUGAUGUUACUGUCACUACGAUGACAUCAGUGACGUCACUUCAACCACCUCUACCACCAAUCAUCACGAAAGGCACCCGAGUCAUACCUGUGAAUAAAUCUAAUUUAAUAAUUGUAAGUUAUAGUGAAGUAGUUACGGUGCCUUUCCUAUGUUUGUGACAUUAAGAGAUAGAUAGUUUUGGAGACUUUGUGCGGGAGAAAUAGGAGGAACAAUAAAAAUUCACGGCUACAACGUAUUACCUUGUUAAAUCGAAUUAUAUAAUGAUUUCUUUGUUGUAGUGAAGGUGAUGUGAUGAAUCAAUCAGUAUUCAAUUGAAAGACUUGAAAUUGUCACAACUUAUUCAUUGCAGUGAGUUUCUUUGGUUUAUCUAAGAAACUUAUAUUACCUAAGAAACUUGAUUUUUGUCACCUAAAUACUACAAAUAUUCAAAGUUUUA